UGACAUUUCGGGUUUAACGCACGUGUCCAACUCAACUCAAAAACCACUCGGAACUAGUCCUGAGUGAUUCCCUUUGUCUGAAGAUCAUAAUUAACUGAGCCGUCAAGGAAAACAGAGGCAAAGGGAAAAUGGGUAUAAAGAUUGGGGGGCAGAUUGAGAAGGUAAAUGGAAGAGAACUUUCCUAUAGUGAGUUUGCUGAAAGAUACUUAGCCAAAAACCAGCCUGUGGUUUUAACUGGUUUGAUGGAUGAUUGGGGAGCUUGCAAAGACUGGGUUUCCUCCAAUGGACAACCUAACCUCCAUUUCUUCUCUACCCAUUUUGGUAAAUCCAAAGUUCAGGUUGCAGAUUGUGGUACAAGGGAAUUCACUGAUCAGAAAAGGGUAGAGAUGUCUGUUUUGGAGUUUGUUAAUCACUGGCUUCAGGGUUCUGUAGAGGACCUUGAUGGUAAUGGUAAUGGCAAGUCGGUGCUUUAUUUGAAGGACUGGCAUUUUGUGAAGGAGUAUCCAGAAUAUCUAGCGUACAAAACUCCGGUGUUUUUUACUGAUGAUUGGCUCAAUUUUUAUCUUGACAAUUAUCGUAUGCAUGACGAUCCAGACACUAACCAAGAGAAUAAUGAUAUAUGUUGCUCUGAUUAUCGUUUUGUGUAUAUGGGAGCAAAAGGAUCCUGGACACCUCUUCAUGCUGAUGUUUUCAGAUCAUAUAGUUGGUCAGCCAACGUGUGUGGCAAGAAGAAGUGGCUUUUUCUGCCUCCUCUGCAAUGCCAUCUUCUGUUUGACAGGAACAUGAAAAGCUCUGUCUAUAAUAUCUUUGAUGACAUUAGUGAAACUAAAUUCUCUGGUUUUAAGAAGGCAAUCUGGAUGGAAUGCAUACAGGAACAGAAUGAAAUUAUCUUUGUGCCUAGUGGAUGGUACCAUCAAGUCCAUAAUCUGGAGGACACAAUAUCAAUAAACCACAACUGGUUCAAUGCCUACAAUCUCUCUUGGGUGUGGGAUCUGCUAUUAAGAGACUACAAGGAGGCCAAGGAGUACAUAGAGGAUAUCAAAGACAUCUGUGACAAUUUUGAAGGUCUCUGUCAACGUAAUCUUGCAGCAAACACAGGCAUGAAUUUUAAUGACUUCUUCAUCUUCAUAUCACGCUUUUCAUUAGCCAAUGUGGUGGAACUGUAUUAUAUACAUAAUGAAUCAAAGUCCAAAAGUUCAAACAGGCAUUGGUCUGAUAUGGUGCAGCAUUUUGCUCAAAACCUUGCAUCUAUGCGGAAAAUAGCAUUGAAGAUGAAAUCUGAAGGUGGUGUGCAAGGAAAUCUUGGCAUCCUGGAUUUGAGAGAAUCUCUAAGUGAUCCUAAGUUUCUUAAACUAUGCAGUGGUUUGGGCAGAAUAUAUGCAGUGAUCCAUGAACAAGAGAAUUGGAGCUGUACUAUGAGGAAAGUUUUGAUGGCUGAAUUUGAGAAUUAUGGAUCUCGAGUUUGUAGUCCUGAAGAUCUUGUUAAAUUUAUAGACUAUGCCGUUUCAAAACUUAGUGGCAAUGGCACUGAACAGAACACUUUGCUGUCUGUGUUAUAUGAUGCCCAGCCACGUCAGCAAAAUUAGCACAUUUUUUCCCCUCUAUGUUGCAGUGGCUGUAAAUGGCCUGUUCUCUAAGUUACAUAGAGAUGCAUUUCUGUUAUUGUGUGCUCUUCUCAGUAAUCAUGUAUGUGCUUAAUUCACAUGUGAAGCUGAGAAUCUAAUGACUUAAGCAUAACCAAAGUCAAAUAGCAUGUAGCAAACGAUGGUUUUGGAUCAAACAGCCUGGAUACAGGGAAACUAGAGUUGCUUGAAAAAUGCAUUCUCUUCCUCUGUUACAAAUCAAAUGCCAGACCAGAAAUUCUCUUUUCUGUGCUCGAGCCUGGCACUUCAUGUCAUCAUUGCUUUGCAAUUUGUGAGCAGAUUCAAAAUGACCCUUGAUUUGAUUAGACAAAACUGUUUCUCAUUAGAUUGUGAAAACAGUGCAAAAGUGUAAACAUGUAGCCUCCUUUUUGUUUUCUUUGUAGUCAACUAUACAUGUUUUGGCUUUUGUUUUUGAUAAUGACUAUCAUGUUCUUGAGUUCUUGUCUAA